AUGAAGCUUGUUUGGUCUCCAGAGACGGCCACAAAAGCUUUUAUCGACACCGUUAAAUCGUGCAAACUUUACAAGGAAUCAGGAGUAGCCGAGCUCAUCUCAGCCAUGGCCGCCGGGUGGAAUGCUCAGUUGAUCGUCGAGACAUGGUCCCGAGGCGGGCCCAUCGCCACCAGCAUCGGGCUCGCGGUUGCUGCCGCCCACUCGGGUGGCAGGCACGUCUGCAUAGUCCCCGACGAGGCAUCCAAAUCGGAAUACGUAGAGUCCAUGAGAUGGCAUGGCCAGCCAGCCUGCGACAUUGUGGUGGGCCUCACAGAGAGGGCUGUGGAGGAAUUUGAAGGGGUUGACUUCCUGGUAGCAAACUGCGCACGGGAUGACCUCCCGGGAAUGCUGAGAGCGGCUAAGUUGGGGGAGAGGGGGGCCGUGAUCGUGUGCAAGAACGCCAGCUUGCGGGCCACCUCGGAUUCCAAGUGGUGGGGGGUGAUUGGUGGGGAGUCGAGGAGGAUUGUGAGGUCGGUUUUCUUGCCGGUCGGGAAAGGUUUAGUUAUCUCGCAUGUUGGGGCCACGGGUCGUGGAGGCAGCAGUGGUUCGGGUGAGGGGAAGGGAAAGAGAAGGUGGAUCAAACAUGUUGACCGGAGGUCGGGGGAGGAGUUUGUAUUCAGGAAAUGA